AAAAAAAUCGCGUAGCUCGACCCCGCGCGGUGUGGGACGCGAGGGCUAUCCAAGAGAGCUUCGCAUCGCUGCGGCCGAGCCGCUGCCAAGCCUCCAGGAUGGCCGAGGUCGCCGUCCAGACGAAACCCACAAUCGCCCUCGACGACGCCACCCUAGGGCGCAUCGCGGCGCUCUGGACCGCCGCCUUCCCGACGGCGGAAGGGAGGGACCGCUGCGCCGAGGCCAUCGAAAGGCGAGCCACGACGGCAGCGACCGACGAGGAGCAGCUCCACUACGUCGAGGAUGGGGAGGAGGUCGUCGCGGCCGCGCGGACGUUCGUGCGAUGUGUGAAUGUGGCGGACAAGCAAAACUUGAGGGAGGGACGGCGCGUGAAAAUAGGGGCCAGGCACGCCCAGCACGCGGGCCGCGCGGGCACGAUUCUGAAGCGGGCGGCGGCCGACGACUGGGUCAUUCACCUAGAUCGGUUGGACGGCCAGGCCGACGUCAUCGCGACGUUCUUCAUGGGCGAUUUGUUAUUAGAGCGGCGCGUGCUCUGCCUCGCGCACGUCGCGACGUCGCCUUCGGUAAGGGGGCGGGGUCUGGGGGCCGCGGUCGUCCGGGGCGCGUUUUCUGCCCGGCUUUGUGAAUCUCUGCCCGAGGCGCUGUUCUGCACGGGCGUGCCGGGGUUCUACGAGAAGCUCGACUGCGCCACGCUGGCGCCGUGCGACGUGGUCUACCCAUCGGACGACCUCAAAAAGUUCGUCGACCCGGCGCUCAUGCGCUUUUCUCUGCCGACCGCGCCGGCCUGGCCGGCCGGGGGCGCGCUGCACGUGAACGGCGCUGGCUGGUAGCUUGCUUUUUCUAUAAGUAUCUGUAUUCAUA